GCCCAACACCAACCACACUCUGUCGCGUCCUCAUAUCUCUUCUUGCUUCUAUCUCACUGCACUCCCUGCAUUUUAAUUUCACACGAGAAAUUUGAUCCAAAAAGUUAAGGGAUCCAGCAAUUCGUUUUCCAUUAUGCCUCAUCGCUCUUCGAUGCCUUCUCUCCUCAUUUACAUGUUGGCUACUUUUGCCUCUUUCUACGUCGCUGGAAGAUUAUGGCAGAACACCGAGGACAGGAUUUAUCUCAUAAAGGAGCUUGAUAAGUUUACUGGGCAGGGACAAUCUUCAUUAUCAGUGGACGAUACAUUGAAAAUCAUAGCCUGCAGGGAGCAACAUAAGAAGCUUGAUGCCCUUGAGAUGGAACUUGCUACAGCUAGACAAGAGGGCUUUGUUUCAAAUCACGUUAUAGAGGCUAAUAAUGGGACGUACUCUAAGAAAAAGCCAUUGGUAGUUAUUGGAAUAUUUACAAAGUUUGGCGGCCAAAACAAUAGAGAAGCAAUUCGUAAAGCAUGGAUGGGAGUUGGUGCAGCUUUGAAGAAAAUGGAAGAUAGAAAGGGUAUUAUCACACGAUUUGUUAUUGGAAGAAGUGCAAAUCGUGGGGACAAUCUGGAUAGGGACAUCGAUCGUGAGAAUUGGCAGAAUAAUGACUUUCUAAUUCUUGAUGAUCAUGUGGAAGCAAAUGAGGAGCUUCCCAAGAAGUCUAAAUUGUUCUUUGCUCGUGCGGUAAAUAAAUGGGAUGCUGACUUUUAUGCUAAAGUCAAUGAUGAUGUUUAUGUAAACAUUGAUGCCUUGGGAGCUACACUUACAACUCAUUUGGACAAACCUCGUGUUUACAUAGGUUGCAUGAAAUCAGGAAAAGUUUUCUCUGAACCGAACCAUAAAUGGCAUGAGCCUGAAUGGUGGAAAUUUGGUGACAAAAAAACAUAUUUUCGUCAUGCAUCAGGAGAGAUGUAUGUCAUAUCAAAAGCAUUAGCAAAAUUCAUUUCAACAAACAAAUCAAUUCUUCGUACAUAUGCCCAUGCUGACAUUACUGCUGGAUCCUGGUUUAUUGGGCUUGAUGUGAAGCAUGUUGAUGAACAGAAGUUUUGUUGCUCAUCUGGAUCAGCAGGUGUUUAGAGGUUAUUAUUGCGGUGUCUGAGAAGACCAUUAGGGGGACCAAAGUGCCUGCUGGUUCCUAAAUUCAACAGUCUCUACCCACAAGUUAUUAACAAAGGUUAUAACAGCUUACAUUUCGUCGAGUGCUGCUACUUUUUCCCCCAUGAACCACGCUCGCGUUCUGUGAGCAAAUCUGCAUGAGUGUGAAUUAUGGUCAAAUUCAGAUCAAUAUUGCAGCAGUAAUUUGCAUUUAGAAACUGUACACAUUAGACAUGAAACUCACUUGUCAAAUC